AUGGCAAACGAAAACUCGAGAUUCUUCCAAGAAUUAGCCAUAGGAACUGCGGUUAGCUUCAAAUUUAGUACCGGAGAUCGGUUUCAUGGAUCGGUCUUCUAUUUUUGCCCACAAUUAAAUGGUUCUCUUUUUGGAAUCGAGAACGGCGGUGUGUUGAGGGUGGAUGGAAGAUAUGAACAUAUCUCAGGAUUUAGCCACUUCAAUCUAAACGACAUUACGGAGUUGCAAGUGCAUGUAGUUCCUACGCAGAACCCCAACACUCAGGAUACUCAGGACAAUAAUCGUGAUGAUGGAUCUUCAUCCAAAUCAAUUGAGAGCAAACUGGAAUCUCUCCGCCUUGAUCCACCAUCGCAGUGA